UCGCAAGUCAAAGUGUGUACUACAUCAAAAGAUAAGAAAAAUAUUUGAGAUGAAAAGCGAUCUGUUAAACUAGUUGAUAUUUUAUUAUAAAACGAACAACAAUGUUAUUGUAUAUUUUAUUAAGCAUUGUAAUUUUACUAGUUACUGCGCUCUUUUACCGAUCCUGUGUUAAACCUCAUAGUUAUUGGAAAAAUAGAGGUGUUCUACAAGGAAAGUCAGUAUGGAUGUUUGGAGAAAACUGGAAACUCUUAUUGGGACAGGAAAGCUUUGCAGAAAGUGUUCAAAGAAUAUACAACAAGUUUGCGAAUGUAAGGUAUUUUGGAACAUACCAAUUUAAUACACCUGUAUUAGUUAUAAAAGAUCCAGAAUUGAUAAAGCAAAUUACUAUUAAAGAUUUCGAACACUUCGUAGAUCACAGAAUGUGGGUACCAGAAACCACAGACGAAAUGUGGACACAUAAUUUAUUUUCUCUAAAAGGAGAAGAAUGGAAAGAAAUGAGGGCAUUUCUUAGUCCUGCAUUUACAGGAAGAAAAAUGAGAAGCAUGUUUACUCUCAUGAAUGAUGCUUCAAAACAUUUUAUUCAAUAUUUGGAAGGUAAAAACGAAACUAUGCUGGAAUUAGAUUUUAAAGACUUCUUUACCCGUUAUUCCUGCGAUAUUAUUGCAACAACUGGAUUUGGCGUUGAAGUAGAUUCCUUAAAAUAUCCCAACAAUGAAUUUUUUCGUAUGGCUACAGAAGCUGGAAAACUUACUGGAAUUAAAAUGGCAGUAUUUUUUGUUUCUUUCUUUUUGCCUAAUUUUAUAUUAAAGAUGUUAAAUGUUAAAAUAUUCAGUACAAGAGUCAGUCAGUUUGUUACCAAACUCGUUGAUGAAACCAUUAGGACUAGAGAAGAAAAGAAUAUUGUUCGACCAGAUAUGAUUCAUUUAAUGAUGGAAGCAAGAAAAGGAAAACAUGAGUAUGAUUUAGUUGACGAAGAUGACAAUGAUGGGGCAUUUGCAAGUUUGAAAAACAGUAGUCCAAAUUUGAAUCAAAAAAUGCCAAAAAUGGAAAUAACCAAUAACAUGAUAGCUGCUCAGGCAUUAAUUUUUAUCGUUGGAGGAUUAGAAACCGUAGCUGUACUCGCCAGAUUUAUGGCUUACGAACUGGCAGUGCACCAGGAUAUUCAAGAAAAAUUACGGAACGAAAUCAAUGAAACAUUAGAAGGUUUAGAAAAUAAUGUCACGUAUGAAGCAAUACAUAAAAUGAAGUAUAUGGAUAUGGUUGUCACAGAAACCCUGAGAAGAUGGCCAAGUGGUUUGGCACUAGAGAGGAUUUGCACCAAAGAAUAUACCAUUCCACCUAAAAAAGCAGGUGAAAAAGAGUUACUAAUAGAAGAAGGAACUCUUUUAUGGAUACCUGUAAUAGGACUACACUAUGAUCCUGAGUAUUUUUCAAACCCUGAAAAAAUGGACCCAGAACGAUUUAAUGACGAAAAUAAAAAUAAAAUAAACAAGGAUGCAUAUCUUCCAUUCGGACAAGGUCCUAGACUUUGUAUAGGUAAUAGAUAUGCUCUACUAGAAACCAAAGUUAUCUUUUUUCAUAUUUUAAAAACAUUUAAAAUAGUUCCAGUGGAAAAAUCUAGUAUUCCUAUUAAAAUUGUUAAAAAUAGUUUUAUUCUGGAUGGACAUAAUUUUAAAUUUGGUUUGAAAAAACUUUAAUAACAUUUACCAUAUAGUUAAUAUUCUUUUAUGAAAUUUUUAGAUAAUACUAAUAAUUGGUAACAUGUAAAAUAACCUGGGUAAUGUUGUCAUAGGAAACUUGUUUAAAUUAAAUAAUAUUUUUAAAUAA